GAGGCCUUUGGAGUCGCGAAUGAGUUCGCUUGAGCUCCAACUGGAGAACCAACCGCCUGCGCCCGAGCCACGCUUGGCUGCCAUGGAGCGCAAGUUGCGGGAGGGGCAGGAAGAGCACAGCCGUCAACUGCGAAGCUUUGAGGAGCGCUGUGAGUCGCUGGAGACUGCAGUCAAUCGGGUCUCGUCCUCGUUGCCGCGGCUCUCCAGCGAGAUCAUGAGCGAUUGGGAGUCGAUGAGUGCUGAGCGCUUUGAGGCCUCUGCCCGAGCCUCCAAGGAGCUCCAACGCCUCUCGCAGCGUUGCGAGCAGCUCCCGGAAUCCAUGGAGCGCUGCAUGGAGGAGCUGGCGCUCUACCGGCAGCGUUUGGAAUCGCUGCCAAGUGAUGAGGUGGCGACCGCUCAACAGCUUAAACGCUUGAGUGAGGAUGUGGGAGCUCUCAAGCUCGUCAUGGUCAAGGAUACCGAGGCUGUCGAGCUACGAUGCACUCAAAAACUCCGCUCAUUGGAGGACGUCAUCAAAAACAUUUCUUGGGACCUGGAUGGAGCUGAGAAGCAGCUGAAAGAGCUGGCCAAUCAGUUCGCCAGCGUGAACCAGAUGCAGUUGCACAUGCAGAACCUGGAUGGUCAGAUGGAGAUCGUCACCGGGCUGAUCCACCGGAUGGAUGCCAUGGGUCGAUUCCUACAACAUAUCCAGAAUGGCAUGCGCGGUGAAGUCUGAGCCAUCUCGUGGAAUCUCGCUGAACUCGGACAGCGACCCCCUCCCCCCGUGAUCCCUACGCGAGA